UCGUAACAUUCUUUUUGUGUGCAGACUAAUAAUAUAAAUGUCAACCUCAGCAGCUACGCUUUAUGUCUGAGAGGUUAACUCUUUCAAAGGACCCGUUUGGGUCCAGGGCAUUUACUAGGUUUAUGUUGGUGAAGCGCAACUGGGAAAAUGCAAACGUAAGCCAGGCCACAUAGCGGAACGCUAGCUGUAUUAAACCACACGAGAACAUAAAUGAUUUCAUGAACGCAUUUGCAGAUUUGGUCUUCAGCAGUGGUGAAGAUGAGGAAGGACGGACGUCAGAAUAUUACUGGUGGGAGAGCCCAAGGUGGGGGAGACUUCCCUGAUCAUGUCGCUGGUCAGCGAGGAGUUCCCACAGGUGAUGUCGCAUCCAAGGAUAUGGACACUGAACCUGACACAGGAAAUGAAGCAGAGACCUUCAACCAUGACACAGUGACGAGGGACAAGAAGAUUGACCUGCAGAAGAAGCAGACCCAGCGCAGUGUGUUCCGCUGUAACGUCUUCGGGGACAGCGGCAGUGGCAAGAGUGGCUUCCUGCAAGCCUUCCUCGGAAGAAACCUCACGGUCCACGAGGUCUUCCCAGACUUUGACGUCCUCUCGGACGCUGACCAGGCUUGUGACAUUGUGUGUCUGGCGUACGACGCCAGCAACCCCCACUCGUUCGAGUACUGCGCCAGAGUCUUCAAGCAAUACUUCAGGACACCAAGACGCCGUGCAUGAUGAUCGCAGCCAAGUCGGACCUCCAGGAGACCAAGCAGCUAUACGCCCUCACCCCUCUGGAGUUCUGUAGGAAGCACAAGAUGCCCCCUCCACAGGCCUUCACCUGCAACACGGCAGACGCACCCUGCAAAGACAUCUACACCAAACUCACCACCAUGGCCAUGCACCCGUGGUCAUGCUCGGCUGCGCUGUAUGUGUACCUGUAACAGGUGCACCUUCUGCCACCUGCAGAACUUCAUCAACUCAGAGCUGGUGCAGACAGUGAAGGCCAAGCUCUACACCGCCAUUCUCUCAGACAUGUGACACAGGCUGACCUGAAGAGCGCCACCUUCUGGUUGAGAGUGAGCGUGGGAGCCACCGUGUUUGCCGUGCUGGGCUUCGCCAUGUACAGAGUGCUGCUCAAACAACGGUGAUCCAAUGUAAACCCAACCUUUGCGAGACUUGUACCCAAAUCUUUUUGUGCUGUUUUGCCAACUACUAUGGUGUAUGGAGUGAAUCCUAGCUUCCAGUUAAGUUGAAUUUACACUUAGUCUCCCAUUGACAUCAAUACAUGACUAAGUGAAAAUUCAACUUAAGUGCAAGUUCUGGAUCUGCCCCAUAGGCAAUAGGAGAUGGCAGGACAGCACAGACAGAUCUGGGACCAGGCUAAACCUGGCACCCUCUCCCAAUAAAUAUCUCUCUAAGAUCAUAAAAGAUCCAGUAUGUCCCCCAUGUGAUGAGGGGGAAAAAAGCAAAUGUUAUUUAGUUUUAUACCUAGAGAUUUCACAAGAAAAUGACUGCUAUUGUUCUUUAUUUUGGCUUCUGCCAAAGUAAGGGGAGUGAAAUGAGUAUGCAAAAUAACCAAUACCAUACACAAAAAUAUAUGCUUUAAAACAAGCACUGAAACAAUGUGGAAAUAAUGUAUAUAUAACUGCUUGUAUAUUUGUUUCCCCUUGAACAAACGGGACGUUAUGAAGUUCAAAUGCUGACUCUAUAAUGGCACAACAAAGCCACAUUCAAUGCUAUAAAGGCAUUAGCUUUCCAUCAUGCAUUUAGUAUUUUCAAAUGGUCUCAAACCAGUUCAAGUAAAGGCUGUUCUACUGUUAUUAAAAUGUUGUUCUUUAGUUUGCCUUCCAGGGUCAGAAGCUCGGUGGCACACUUACAAAUUUAUAAGGCUGAAUCAGCCCAUAUUCAAUCAAUGGAUGUUCCGUAUGGGAUGAUACUUUUUGGGUGUCUGCGCCUUACCGCUAGAACUCAGUAAGGCAGAAGUAGCCUCUGUAGCUCACCCAUGGCUUCCUGUAUGGGUAUGGACCACCCAGGCGGUGUGUGUGUUGGGCAUGCACGUCAAGUCAAAUUGUGUGUGUUGUACAGUUAUUGUAUUUGCAUGCUUUGUUUUUUCUGAUCAUCCUCCAAUAUUAUAAUAUCAAAUAUACUGUUAUUAUGAAGCUAACAUUCUUCUCAAUGGUAUUAUUCCAAUUAUCCAAAUGUUAUCCAGCACCCCCAACUCCCAGAACAUUAGGACAAUUGUGUUUCACGUUUGCCUUUCCAAUGUUUAUAAUAAAUACAUCUACUUUAA